UGGCUCAGUGGGGGUUGAUUCCCCGCUGCUGGGGGCAUGGCCAUGUGGGCCCAGGAGGGCAUCUACCCCACCGCGGAUGGCUGGGUGCCCCCAGCCUGGCCUUGCAAGGAGGAUCUGAGUGCCAAAGAGGGCUUAGACAAGAUCAAGCUUCGGAGCAUGGUGAAACGCACCGCCAUUGUCAAGGGCAAGCACAUCGAGACAGUCCUCAACGUGGACUUCAUGAGCCGCUGGAAGUUCUCGUUGAUGGUGUGGCCUCUGAAGGAGAGUUCCAAACUCUCCGGGCGCGGGGACAACCGCAGCUACGUUUGCUGGGUUUACUAUGAGCAGCAGGACGAGCAGUCCGCCUUCCGGGCCUUCAACAACGUAGACGUUAGGCUCAAAGACAGCGAGCGCGAGGCUGUUGACCCGGAGACCUCCAUCAAGAACGAGGCCGCGAUUCUGCGCGCCAAGGAUCAAGUCUGUUUCUUCAGCAUGUACGAGUGGGAUGCCAUAGCCGGCGAGUGAGGC